GUCGCUGUCGCAGGAGCUACUGGACACGUAGGCCGGGCAAUUCUCCAAGGGCUGAUUGAUUCGCAAGAGCAUCAAGUUUACGUCUUCACGCGAAAGCCAACAUCAGUAUUCAACCAUCUUCCGGCCGUAAACAUCAUCGUCAUUUCUUAUGACGACCAAGAUGAAAUUCAAAAUGUUCUAGACAAGCACAAGAUUGAAGUUGUCCUGUCGACAGUAUCACCAGCGGGCUCUGCAGCCUUUGAUGCUCAAGUAAGACUCAUCAGAGCAUGCAGCAACUCAGAGUCUGUUAAGAGAUUCGCCCCGAGCGAAUAUCUAAUUGACCUUGAAAGAGAAGAAGAAUACCAACCCUUCAUGCCAAUGCUGACGUUCCAGCGAAACAUUGUAAAAGAGCUACGCAGCCACCCAAAUCUCGAAUGGACGCUCUUCCACAACGGCUACUUCAUGGACUAUUUCGGCCAACCCUGGGCCCCCACAACGAUGCCCUCCGAAGUCCCAUUCGUCGACAUCGAAGCCUGCCAAGCAACCAUCCCCGGCAGCGGCGACGACCUCGCAGUAUGGACACACACAACCGACGUCGCCAAAUUCGUCAGCCGCGCAAUCUCCAUGAAGCCAGGAACAUGGAAAGAGCAUUCCUGGAUCAUCGGUGAUAAAGCCUCUCUUCAUGAGAUCCUACACGCAGCAGAAAAAUCUCGGGGAACUAAAUUCCGCGUUGCGUACGACUCAGUGGAGAAGCUGAAAGGCGGCGAAGUGACGCCGAUUCCGGGGAACAAGGCUCAUGCUGCGCUCUACAGCACGCCGGAAUUUGAUGCUUACCCGCUUGUGCUAUCCAUGUUUGCUGGGAUAGGAACGGCGAUUGUUUCUGGCCAUUUGGAUGUUCCUGAGAGUGAAUCUUUGAAUGCGGAAUUUCCAGAUAUCAAAACGAUAAAGGUUGUGGAGUUUAUC